AUGUGGAUUUCUAGAGAUGAUUAUAACCAUGAUCAACCCGGUACGCCGCAGGCCCGCGUGAGCACCAUUUCGGAGGUUGUGCCCAUGGAUGGAACCACUCUGACUACCUCUAUAGCUACGCCCAAUGUUGGUAACCUUAGUGUUAACAAGUCUUCCCGCGUUCACAUUGGUCCGAAGUUUGUUUCUGUAACGCAAAAUCUACAAAACACCGAGGUGGUUAAAGGCCGUUUCCUGGGCCUAGAAUUGGUGUCGUCAAAGCGUGCUAGAAGGCUGCGUUGUAGCGUGGCUGUCUUCGUGUGUUGGGCCUUCCUAGUAGCCUGUGGGCUCGCCAUAUACCUCAUUUGCGUCGCCUUGCCAAGGCAGCAGACUCGUCUAAACAUAGGUUUAAAGGAGACGUGGUACCUGCGCCGGGGUGACUGGCAGGCGAUGCCUCCAUAUGAAAUAAAUUUUCUAAAGCUACCGCUGUCUUAUGUCAUCAUCGGCCACGCUGCAUCCAAUUACUGCAAUCAACUGUACUCUUGCAUAGAGCAAAUGCUUGUUAUACAACAAGCAUAUUUGCGAAGAGGAAUGGCCGACAUCGGUCCUAAUUUCCUAGUAGGCGGAAAUGGAUACGUUUUUGAGGGUAGAGGUGCAAAUGUCAUUGGUGCUAUGGUGACUUCUUGGAACGUCAAGAGCAUCACAAUAAUGUUUAUGGGAAAUUAUGUUUUAGAUAUGCCGGAUCAGGCACAGUUUGAUCAUAUAAACAUCCUCUUAGAUGUCUUAGUAAAAGAACAAGUGCUGCGAUCAGACUACACUGUGUAUGGCCAGUGUCAAGUACGACCGGACACAUAUGCCCCCGGUCGACAUAUAACGGAGAGAAUGAAAUACUUUCUCCAUUGGAACCCUCAUAACAUAAGUGGAUGCUUAAGUUGA